CUCAGACCCAGGCGUCACAGAGAACGAGAGAGGGAGGGAGUGAGGAAUGAAGGAGAGGGAGGGAGAAAUAGAGUGCUUUCACAUUACAGAAACAAGACAGCGAGGCUCAUUCCCGUAUCUCGCGAACCUCAGACGCCUGAUGCCUCAUCCCUCCAUCAGCGCUGCACAGCAGUUUCUCUCGUUUGAGCCAGGGCGUUGCUUUGUCAUGUAGAAAAUUAAGAAAAAUAAGAAAAGAAGAAUGAAAAUGCUUCGAUUUCGCACUUCGAGCAUCCGGUCCUUAAACCAGGAGAUCCAGUGCACGGUGAGGCUGCUGGAUGAUACGGAGAUCUCGUGCAGCAUCCAGAGAGACACUAAGGGCCAGUUCCUCCUGGACCACGUGUGUAACCAUUACAGCCUGCUGGAGAAGGACUACUUCGGCAUCCGAUACGUCGACCCCGAAAAACAGAGGCACUGGCUGGAGCCCAAUAAAUGCAUAGUGAAGCAGAUGAAGUCGCACCAGCCCUACACCAUGUGUUUCAGAGUGAAGUUUUACCCCCACGAACCCAUGAAGAUCAAAGAGGAGCUCACCAGGUAUCUGCUGUACCUCCAGCUGAAGAGGGACCUGUAUCACGGCCGACUGCUCUGUCCCUUCGCUGAAGCGGCGUACCUGGGCGCCUGCGUCGUGCAGGCUGAGCUGGGAGACUACGACCCGGACGAACAUCCCGCCGAUUACAUUGGCCACUUCAAGCUCUUCCCCAAACAGACCCUCAAACUGGAGCGCAGGAUCAUGGAGAUUCACAGGACCGAGCUCAGGGGGCAGUGUCCAGCACUAGCAGAGCUGAACCUCCUCCAGAGAGCGCACACUCUGGAGACGUAUGGAGUGGACCCUCAUCCAUGCAAGGAUUUCACAGGAUCCACAGCAUUUUUGGGAUUCACAGCUACUGGCUUUGUGGUGUUUCAAGGGAAUAAGAGGAUCCACCUCCUGAAAUGGGCUGAUGUAAGCAAGCUGAAAUUUGAAGGGAAAACGUUCUACGUGAUCGGCAUUCAGAAAGAGAAGAAACUGGUGUUGACGUUCCAUACCUCCACUCCAGCUGCCUGUAAGCACCUGUGGAAGUGUGGUGUGGAGAACCAGGCCUUCUACAAGUGUGCAAAGUCCAGCCAGAUCAGGACCGUGUCCAGCAGUAAUGUAUUUUUCAAAGGCAGCAGAUUCAGAUACAGUGGAAGAGUUGCAAAGGAGGUGAUAGAAGCAAGCUCCAAAAUCCAGAGAGACCCACCUGCUGUACACAGGUCCAACUUUGCCCAGAGCAGAAGCUACAACUCCCUGAGUAACAAGCACCUCAUCAUGAACAUGGAGCCUCUACUUCCUGCCCUGCCUGGCCCCAUUGAGGGGGAGGAGCUUACCACAGAAUGCGGUGUGAUGGCGCUGAAGGAUUCGGUCCACCUGUCGCCCCUGCGGCCCCUGCACGGCCAGGCGGGACCAGGGGGGGAGGAGGGGGGCCAGUUCUGCGUCCCGGGGGAGCAGGGCGGCCUCAAACCCGCGAGCGAGGAGCUGCAGACGCACAGCGAGCCGGAGGACCAGGAGGCGGAGGCGGAGGAGGCGCUGACCAUCUCGGAGCUGGCCUACAGCCCGUGCGCCAGCAUGCUGCCCACGCCCGUGGAGGACGGCGGGGGCGUGGACCUCCUGUUCCAGAGCCCCGUCAAGCUCCUGAAGGAGCUGCACGCCGACCGGCAGCUGGAGGCGGAGCUGGAGGAGGAGCUGGGGGCGGGGCAGAGGGCCGAGGGGGCGGAGCUGCGGGCAGCGGCGGCGGGCGGGGCCCUGGGCGGCGGGGUGCGGCGGCUGGCGGGGCAUGCGCAGACUGGGGCCUGCCUGCGCAGCCUGGCCCGCCUGCUCCUGGUGGGCCUGGGCCUGCUCCUGGUGCUCCUGCCGCUCCUGCUGGUGCUCCUGGAGUCCGACAUCGACGUCUCCUUCCUGCGAGACAUACGGCAGACGCCCGAGUUCCAGCAGUUCCACUACGAGUACUACUGCCCCCUGCGCCGCUGGCUGGUCUGCAAGAUCAACGUCGUCAUGGAGAAGCUGGGCGCGGACUGAGGGCCGAGGAGCCACGCCCACACCACACCCCGCCUCCACGCGCCCCAGGAACAGCGACGCGGCGUGGUCUCGCCACCAGGGUUGGGGCGGGGCGGGGCGGGGCGGGGCACGGGCGGGGCAGGGCGGGGCGGGGGUUGUUCCUGGGGCGGCAGCGUGGCUGUCCCCCUCAGUCCUGUGUGCUGAAGCACGACACCAGCCUCCUCAUGCAAAGUCUUAAUAUGCACUGAGCAAACGCACCGUUUUAGAGUCCAUCUUCAUUCAUUUAGCAGCAGAGCUACAGAACCUUUAACAGACUAUAGAGGGAGUUUCAGGGGGACCAGAUGGUCAGGAGCUCUGUCCAUCACAGCAGGUCAGAGAGGAGCAGAGAUGGCGGUUUCGUAGUGGAAGAGAGGAGCAGAGAUGGCGGUUUCUCUGAGGAGAGAGGAGCAGAGAUGGCGGUUUCUCUGAGGAGAGAGGAGCAGAGAUGGUGGUUUCUCAGUGGAAGAGAAGAGUAGAGAUGGCGGUUUCUCAGUGGAAGAGAAGAGUAGAAAUGGCGGUUUCUCAGUGGAAGAGAAGAGUAGAGAUGGUGGUUUCUCUGAGGAGGUAGGAGCCAAAAUGGCGGUUUCUCUGAGGAUGUAGGAGCCAAAAUGACGGUUUCUCUGAGGAUGUAGGAGCCAAAAUGGCGGUUUCUCUGAGGAGGUAGGAGCCAAAAUGGCGGUUUCUCAGAGGAGGUAGGAGCCAAAAUGGUGGUUUCACUGAGUGAAGCAGGGAUGGAACCUGCUCUGUAGUCUCUGUUAAAAUGUGAUCAUGUCCAGAUCAUCAUACGUUAAUGGUGCAUUUUCCAUAUCAGUAAAUUAAAACAGACUGAUUCAAUUAGAACAAUCAGAAUUACACCAUUUAGACAAAGAGAACAUUACACAAUAUCAAUCAAAUAAUCUUAAUUUUACAUCCAUGCAUACACAUGAAAUAUGUAAUAUUGCAAUAUAUGUAAUCAGGAAAUUACUGAAGGCUUGUCUACUUUUCCUGCUGUACUGUGUCUUGAGUGACACAUACAGGAAGAGUAAAGGCUUGGAAGCACCCCACCCUGGUGAAAAAAAAUAGCAACAACCACAGCCUAUAGAUAUAUAUGUAUAUUUAAAAAAAAUACAAAAUUUAUGCUGUUUUUAAUGUUUUGUACAUUUUUAUGUAAUACGAGUAUUUCAGGAAUUUUUCAGUCAGAAAAAUCUACUUUAACUUAUUUAAAGGAUUUGCUGGACAGGGUCUGGGGAAAUGAGGCUAUUUUUAAAGUAUAGUGUACUGCUACCGGGACAGGGGAUACCUACAAGUUUCUUACUAUAUAUAGCACAAUCUUUAUCAUGCAGACAUGGCACUGAAUUAAUGGAGGUCCUUAGAGCAACGUAGGGUAACUGUUGAAGUGUCGUUUUAAACGCGAGUCAAAACACAGCCAUGGGCUCUUUCUGAUUGGUCAAAACACAGCCAUGGGCUCUUUCUGAUUGGUCAAAACACAGCCAUGGGCUCUUUCUGAUUGGGUUACUGCUCAGUGCCAUGUGUCCCCACAUUUAUAACGCCGAAUCACUGGUUCUGCACAGUUUGGAAAGUCCUGGUUGGCUUUUUGCCAUGUGAUUUCAGGCUUUUUAAACUGUGUGUGUGCUUGCAUGCGUGUGCGUGCACGUGUGUGUGUGUGCAUGUGUGCGCGCAUGCGUGUGCGUAUGCUUGUGUGUGUGUGUGUCUGUGUGUUGACUGUGGUGAUCUGUCCUAAAUGGACUCACUGAUUCUGGGUCAGUUACCCCUGAUGGUAUGCUGCCAGCCUGCCAUUGGACAUGCAUUGUGAUUGGACGUGGCUUUCCAUACCCAUGUGUGAGCCAAUCAGAAGCCGUGGGGCGGGGUCUCACAGGAAGGACAUCAGACUGAGGCCCCUGCUGGACCAAAUUAAAGAUGGCCUCACCGUUCCAUGAGAAAUGGCACAUUUAAUGCCAUGAAGCAAACAUCCAAACAUCCUGUUGUAAACCUUAUACGCAUAUACACAGUACUUACCCUCUCCUGCAUAAGCACUGCUGUACAUCUGUGUGUUCAUAACCAGCCUCUUGCACUGAGCUUUACUCAGUGAAUACUGUAGCUACGCAAGUCUUCUUUCUAGGCCAUACAGUGAGCAUUCUGAUUCAGCACUGAGCACGCUCAUUCUGGAGCACUGAGCACUGAGCAUGUUCAUUCUAGAGCACCGAACUCUCAGCUCAUUCUGGAGCACUGAGCACUGAGCAUGUUCAUUCUAGAGCACUGAACUCUCAGCUCAUUCGAGAGCACUGAACACUGAGCAUGCUCAUUCUGGAGCACUGAGCACUCAACACGCUCAUUCUGUGACACUGAGCACUGAGCAUACCCAUUCUGAGUCAGGCUGUUCUCCAUGUGUCUGUUACUCUGGUAUUGCCCGUAAUAUGUGUGUAGUUUCAUCACAUCGAUAAUUUAACCUUAACACUUUUUUAAAAUAACUUGUCAUUUAGCACAUGUUGGAAUUAAUGUAUCACUGUAGUGUAAAACCAGGCUAUUCUAUCAAAUAAUACAGUAUGUUUAGUACACUAUAGCAUUUCUGCAAAAAAGGCAAACCCUCCCCAGCUUUGCAAAACCUGCGGAACAGAAAAUUUUCAGUGAAGGGAAGAAAUCCACAACACACACAGGCACAUGCGCACACAUGCACACAGAUGCGCAUAUGCACGUGCACGCACAAGCAUGCACUUGUCCACAGAGGGAAACAUGCACACAAGUGCACACACACACACACACACACACACAAAUGUGCAAAAACAUGCGCAAAUGCACACAUGCUUUAAAUGUACUACAAAGUGUCAGCCAAGGAAAUGCAGGCACGUGGGUGAAGUUCCUGCACAUUUCCUGCAGCUUUAUUAAGCUUUGACCUGUAUGAAGGAUGCAAGUACUGUAACAUGAGAAGGCCUGUAGAGAACAAUAGCACUGUAGCAUCUCCCGGUAUGUCUAUCCCCAUCUCACAUAUAUGCAUGCAUUCCAUAUGUAAACUUAAGCAGUAGACAUCAUAUAAAACAAACACAGCGAAUGCGUUGUGUGUGCAGUUUACACUAGUACAGGCUUCCUCUGUCUUACGCAAAAUGCACAUGGUUAGAUUCACCAUCUAAGCCGCCGCAAAGACCUGUUUUAGACACAAGUACUGGCUGCAGUUACAGCACAUACACGUUUCAGCUUUUUAUCUGUACAAAAAAGCAGCUAUAUAAACGUUUGCCUGUUUAGAUGGUGCGCUGUAAAAUCUGUGUAAGUCAUACCUGUUUCGUUAUCCGCCCCCCCCCCCCCCAAAAAAAAGUUCAGAUUCAGGGGGAAAAAACGCACUGGUUGUACAGUCCCUGUUCAUAACCUUACGGAAAUGUUAUGUCUUAUGCACAGAUUUUACAGAGCUGCAUGCUAAAACCACAAGUAGUAAGUGUGAAAACAUAUUAUAUCCGUUACUGCACACCCCUAGCCAUGCGUUCCAUAACCGUAUGAUUGAUAAACUAAUGCGUAAACAAACACGAAGGCUGUUACAUUCUGUAUAGCAACAGAAAGAAAAAAGAAAAUAACCAGAUAUUUAAUCAUCCUUAUAAUGCUACCAUACAUUAGGACGUGUUUUGUAACCCCCCGCAUUCAUACUGCAUAUUGAAAAGUUAUGCUUUUUUAAAAUUAACUGUUUUAACAGUCGCGUGUUGUUGAAUGUUACAUUAACUGCUGACAGUGCGUGCAAUCAGGAACCGGAAGAGGGUUAUCAAUCGCAUUUCUCACAUUCAUUGAAUUUGGAGCAAAUCAGUCAUUGCUAGCUCUUAUUUUUAAAACUCACAUUGCUGAUGUCCAAUCCCACGUGAACAUGGCUGGAUGAAUACAAACUAAUGCAAACCUCACAUCAAAUUGUCAGGCAGGUGGGAGAAAUUUGUAUUUUAAAAAUGUUACAAAGAAGGACUCUAAUUAUGCAUUUUUUUGUUGUUGAAUGGGCAUGUAUAAUGUGUACAGAUUGUGUUGGCACGGUUAACAGCAUUUAUGUAGUUAUUUAUCAGUUUGUAGAAAUUGUGCGUUGUUAUCAGUUUUUAGAAGCUGUUUUGUCAUUUGACCCCUUUUAACUUCAACUCUGGGAGGAAUUGGAAAAAAAGUUCCUUCGCGGUAUUACCGAUGCUGGAACAUUAAGCCUUAUGAACUUUGUAAAGUGAAUUUUGAAUGUUUGUAUGUUCAAACAAAAUAUGGAUUGUUUUAUAUGUUAUUACUGCCACAAUAAAAUCCCAAAUUAAUAUCGAAAA